AUGAAUAAAAGUGAGGUCAAACAGCAGGAGUGGGAAAAUUCCGAAUUUCCCAUUUUGUGUGAAGUUUGUUUGGGCCCCGAUGAAGCGCUUAGGAUGACGCGAGCGGUGCAUGGCAGUGAGUGCAAAACUUGUUCGCGCCCAUUUACCGUUUUUCGCUGGAAGCCCGGCAAAGACGCCCGUUUCAAGAAAACCGAAAUAUGCCAAAUCUGCUCUCGAGUCAAGAACAUUUGCCAAACCUGCUUGCUGGAUCUGCAAUACAAUUUGCCAGUGAAAGCCAGAGAUGCGUUACUGGGUGAAGGAGAUGCAGGAUCUUUUUGCAGUCAAGAUAUCCCCAAACUUGAGGUCAAUCGGCAAUUCUUUUUUCAAACCAUGCGCACUAGACUUGCUGACCAAGAUACGAGCGGGGGAGACACCUCUGCGCCCUUGCUAGUGGGCAUCGAUGCCCCUAUUGUAAAUCAAAAGCUCCUUUCUAUUGCCAAAAAGCGAGCAGCAACAACCAACUAUCGCCGAAACUUACCGCAUGUGUGUUCAUUUUAUGCAAAGAAGGAAUGCAAUCGAGGCGAUGCCUGUCCUUUUCGCCAUCAAUUGGAUGCACAUGAUGAGCAACUGAGCGACCAGAAAAUUAAAGAUCGGUACUUUGGGACCAGGGAUCCAGUAGCAGAUAAAAUAAUUGCCCGGGAAAAUGCAGCUGCCAAAAAAGAAAAAAUUGCCAAAGCUAUUGGAGACAUGGGCUCAAAUGAAGAACAUCCUUUUGCUAAUAAUGCUCCCAAAUAUCCUUCACAGAAUCCAAACAGAUUGGGGUCGACUUACCAUCAAAAGGGAACCAAUAAAUAA